CGCUGCUCUGGUCGGGGGAGGCUGCCUGGCGGCGUGUUACAGCGGGCGCGUGUUCCCUACGGUCCUGGCUCAGAAAGAAGAUGUCAUUCAUGCAGAUGUGGAUGAAAGACUGUCUCUUCGAAAGCACCGCUUCAUGCAUUUUGCAUCACUGGAAUAUGAAGGAGAAUAUUACAUGACACCAAGAGAUUUCUUGUUCUCAGUGAUGUUUGAUCAAGUUGAACGCAAAGCCUCAGCCAAGAAACUGACAAAAAAGGAGGUAGAUGCUGCACUGGUGCAUGUUGCCAAAGCUAAACCAGGACCGAACUUUUUUAGAGAGCUUGGUGAUAAAGGGUUGAUAUCUUAUGCAGAGUAUCUGUUUUUGCUGACAAUUCUUACAAAACCCCAGACUGGACUUCAGAUUGCCUUUAAAAUGCUUGAUGCAGAUGGCAAUGAACAAGUGGAAAAGAAGGAAUUCUUUAAGUUGCAGAGAAUCAUUGGGAAGGAAGAUGACUUGAAAGCAGCUGGAGAUGAAACUAUUCUUCAGGAAAGAGAACUGGACAGCUGUGGUGUUAAUACCGUGUUGCUGGUACAUUUCUUUGGAAAACAAGGAAAGGAGAAACUUCGCUUUUCCGAGUUUUUCAGAUUCAUGGAAAACCUGCAAACGGAAGUCCAAGAAAUGGAAUUCAUCAAGUUUUCAAAGGGUUUGAGCUUCAUGAGAAAAGAAGACUUUGCCGCAUGGUUGCUGUACUUCACUGAUGAGGAAAACAAUGAAAUUUACUGGCAGAAUGUGAAAGACAGAAUCGAAGCAGGAGAGAACAUCAGUUUGGAAGAAUUCAAGACUUUUUGCAAGUUUACAAAUAAUCUGGAAGACUUUUCUAUUGCCAUGCAGAUGUUUACUGUAGCCAAUCGUCCUGUUAAGCGGGCUGAGUUCAAGAGAGCAGUGAAGGUGGCAACAGGACAGGAUCUGUCAGAUAAUGUUUUGGAUACCAUCUUCAAGAUUUUUGAUCUAGAUGGAGAUGACUGCCUCAGCCACAGCGAGUUUCUUGGAGUCCUGAGGAACCGAAUUCAUCGAGGUUUGAGGGUACCACAGCAGCAAGGCAUUCAAGGUUUCUGGAAGUGUGUGAAAAAAGAAAGCAUUAAAGAAGUCAAAGAACUGUGGAAGCAAACUGGGAAAAGUCCUUUUUAAAGCAGUCCAUUUUUCUUUUGCUUAAGUAUUUUUUCUCUAGGGGAGUUUGUCUAUCCUGUUUACAUAAUAACUAAAUCAAAAAAUGCUCCUUUUUUUUGGCUAAAGUUUAAUUAACCCAGACUCUAAUGCAAUAAUUUUAUAAUUGUUCCAGUUUGGUUUACAGAACUGGUAUAGCUUUUGACCUCCAUAGAGAAGUACUCUUUUUCUGGGGAAUAGUGUUGUUUACUGCUCUGUGGAGUCUGACCCUGCACUGUAGGAUACAGGAUGUACAGGACUGAAUAAUGGCCUCAGGCAGAAACAUCACAGAAGUGUCAUCUCCUGUUGAAGGAGUGAGCAUCAUCUCAGCCACUAACACAGCAGCUCUCCUUCUCAAGCAAGGGCAGAGGUCCACAAGGCAAAAUCACUUGCACAACACAUUUUAAACCAAGCUAUCCUAAAUCAAAAAGGAGAAUUCACACCUUAUUAUGGGGAUCUGCUCAUGUGUUGGUUCCUAGUGCUUGAUUCUGGCAGUUCCUGUGUGGAUGUCUGGUAUGUCUGCCUAAUAUGGUGUUAAUAUUAAACUGGAAAUACAAGACUGAUAGGCUUGAUGCAGGGUUUAAAAGCUGUACAUUGAUUAAUGAAUGUGCAUUGAGUGUCUCAGACCUCUUCCACAUAGUAUAAAUGAAAAGAAAAAAUCCGCAUUCUGUCAAACAUAGUGGUAGCUACAAUUUGACUCAUGACUAUUUUGCUUUAAUUGUAUUACAGAAGAUGAAAGCAUAACAAGUAGUUGUUUAAUCUCUACUAAAGGUUGUGACAGGGAGACCUAAAAUAUCUCAGGAAUUCAAGGUUAUAGUAAGCUAUUGUUGAGGUAAUACGUCCAAUUAGAAACCAAAUACAAAUGUUUAUUAUUCCAAAUGCAACGUUAGACCCAAGAUCUUAGACACAGAUCAAAACUAACACUUAGGAAUUACAGAUGAACAUUUUCUAACAAUAACAUAAGGUGCAUCUCUAUGUAUACAGGUGUGCACAUUACAUGCUUUGUCUUUCUUAAAAUCCCAGGAGCCAAUACUCAGGUGCAGAUCACUCUUCCUGGCUGGUCGCAGUAUAUGGGAGGUAGGCUUAUCUGUAAAGCUGUCAAAGGUCCUUCCUCUUUGUCCCUCUCAGUUGUCUGACUUGUCUUGGCUGGGGUGAAAGUGUAGCUUUUCAGGACAGGUUUGCGAUAACAGAGAUAAUAGACCCAAAAUGUGGACUAGGGAAAUGUCUCAAGAAAAAUAACCAAGAAAUCUCAGCACUCAGUGAGGUAAUAUCCAUCUAUUUUUUUCAUGACAUUAGCUGUGUUUUCCUCAAAGUUGAAAAUAAGCUCAACAUGUGGUGCUUGGUUGUAAUUUCUUUAGUUGUAAUUUCUGUUUUGUGAGAAGAGGGGAAGUUUCCAUGAUAGGUAAGACAGCGAGGCAGUUCUCACUCAGUGCAGGGACAGGAGAGAAUGCAUUGGGAAACCCUACAGGUCCUGCAUAAGGAAUACUGAGAUUACUGAGAGUGUGUUUAAUGUGUCAAUAGCUGUCACGUUUGUGCUGAGGACAAGUCCUAGUGCCUGAGCCUUGGCAUAGUGAUCUCUCCUAGGGAACACAGCGAGAGGCCAGCAAAGCAACUCUUCCCUCGUGGCCUCUGCUUGGAGCUUUAAUCUAAAGUGUUAAAGAGAAAAGGCUGGUAGUCCUGUCAUGGACAUGCACCCAGAACAAGAUCAUGCCUGUGGGGAUGUCCUGAGACUGUCUGGAAGAUCAGGCACCAGUGACCAUCAAGGAUCCCUUUUCCCCCGGGAAAAAAUCCAAAUGGAAUUAACCAUGUCGGAAGAAUCCAAAUGCAGUAAGCACUUCAGCCUCCUCCCCUCAAACUGAGCUCAUGCAGUGAGCUAUGUGUGCAGCAGGAUAGCAGGUGGCUGAUUUACUUUGUCUGUUUGGAAACUGUUAGUUGCUUCUGGUGGCAGGAGCAAAGGUGGGGCAGUGGGACUGGCACCACAGUACCACGGCCAGCUGCACUUCACGAAUUGUCCAAAAAAAUGACACUAUUGAAAAAGAGCUUCUGUGGCACAAAAGUGUGUGUGUGUGUGUGUGUGUGUGUGUGUGUUCACCCAAAGUGUGCUUUAUGCCAGCUCUGGCUUUAAUGCAAGGCUGCCUUUUAUUUGUUACUGUUCAUAUUUUGGCAAAUCAUUUUUACUUUGGAGUGGAAGUUAUUCUCUAGCAUUUUAUUCUGUGUGAAGUUAAAAGGUUUAUGAUGUUUUUUAUUGCUUUUGUGGUUUCUUUUGUUUACUAAUUACUUCCUUCCUAAAAGCUGUUUGGAUUUCUCUUGGAAAAAUUAACUCAUUUAGCUUCAGUGUGUCUAGAAGUUUAAUUCCUCAGUGCUCAUUUCUAUCUGGGUUUGUGCAAUCAGCAGUAUCUGCUUUCAGGGAUUUCAAGUUUUCUUUUUCAGCAAAAGCUUUGGUGGUGUCAAGUUCAGAGGAAAAGCAAAGAGAUGUGCUUGGGCUUUAUACACAUUUUGUGUCUGUAGUACAAAAGAAAAAAAGAGAGAGAGAGAGAGAUACUGAUUGGAAAUUAAAACAGAGUUACGAGUUAUGAAUAAUUUUCAGAAGUUAUCCUGUAAGAGCAGCCAGGAAUGAACUCCUUUAAAUGCCAGAUGCCUUGUCCAUCGGGCUUUAAGAAUCAGACUGUUUAAUUGUAAGUUUAUUCUUAUUUGUCAUGUAAAAUGCUUUAUAAAACAGUCUUAAAAUGAUUUCUCAUUUUUAGUAUCUUAUAUUGAAAGAGAUAUUUAUGUAUUUAGAUAAACACUGGUUUUUAAGAAAUUUUUUAUAGUUAACAUUUUAGUUCUUUUUAAUCACUGUAUGGUUUUUGCAGCCUGUCUGUGAGCAAUACUCAACAUAAUUUAGUUAAGGUUUAUGCUAGCUACCAGUCUAAACAUAUCAACUGUGACUUGUUUUAACAUUAAAAAUUCUUCCUCUCAACAGAAAUACAUAGAAAAGCUAAAUAAAAUUGAUUUUUUUAAUCUA